UUUAUUCCUUCAAUUUUUUCACCUUUUUCUUAUAUUUUCUACAAUUAUCUCUGAGUUUCCCUCUUCGUCUCUCUGUUAUUCUAAUCGUUUUGCUAAUCGAUGGAUUCUUGGAGCUACGGGAGAAGCGUUUUCCUACCUAAUGGAACCAUUGCUGAGAACCAAAGCUCCAUGCCUGGAUUUGAGAUGGAGACAAGUGAUGGAUUCAUUACCAAAGUGGCUUCUUCGAGUUACGUUGAGGAGAACCAAUCUUCGAACUUGUCUAGGAUAGAUUUCAAAUUCAGGAUUUACGAGAACCAUGAUGGUACUUCGUCCCUGCGGGCUAAAAAGACCCGAGCUUCAAACUCGUGCUCACAGAGUCCCUUGUGUCAAGUCUACGGUUGCAAUAUGGAUCUCAGCUUUUCUAAAGAUUACCACAAAAGGCACAGAGUUUGCGAUGCUCAUUCAAAGAGUUCUGUCGUUAUAGUUAGCGGUGUUGAACAGAGGUUUUGCCAACAGUGCAGCAGGUUUCAUUUCCUCUCGGAGUUUGAUGAUGGGAAGAGAAGUUGCAGAAGACGAUUAGCUGGUCACAACGAGCGAAGAAGAAAGCCUUCUUUCUAUUUCUUACCCGGUAAGCGGCAUAAGCUUCUUCCUCAAGGUACAAUGUCUCUGCCUCUCCCUUCCCCAUCACUUAACUAUGUUUCAUUUAAUGACUUCUCGUUGGUCUUGCCAGAGUCGUUUCCUGGUAGCUUCUUGUACAGAGUAAUGGAUGAGCACGACCACCGUGCAAGUAGACUCGUGAGUUUCAAAGAUGAACCUAAGCCAGCGAUGGAAGCUUCUGGUGUAUCUUAUAUUUGGGACUUACAAGAGGCGGUGCCACGCUCUACUUGUGCUCUCUCUCUUCUGUCAGCUCAGUCCCAACAACACUUGUCUGCAAAUAAUCCAAACAAAAGCUUCUCAAUCACUCAACCAUGCCAAAACCUCAACCACUCCACAGGAGACUAUCAUCAGAUGCAGCCGUUGAGGAUCGAUCCUGGUAAGAAGACCAAAUCUGUUACUAGUUCUAGUUCAUGUAAUGGAAACGGAUCAUCCACGGUUGAUCUACUGCAACUCUCAUCACAUCUUCAGAGAAUCCAGCAACAACAGAGGACUUUCACUGAUGAUGUGAAGCAGGAAUAUAAUGAGCUUUAUUUCCCCUAGCUCCUAAUUAAAAUAACGCAAAGCUAAGGCUGCUUGGUUUGGUUUGAUUAGUUUGUGAGAUUGGUUUGGUGAUUUUACUGGAUUCGUGAGAUGGUUAGAUUAGGGGAAUGAAGAUCAAGUCUGGGUACAACUUACACAUGUUUUUUUUUGUAACUGAUACUUGUUUAUUCUAUCUAUGCCUGCUUCCUUUGCAAGUCUUUUUUUCCUUAUUUUUGAGACAAUUUGUAUAUAUAACGAUGUAAUGAAUACUAGCAUGUGCGGGCAUUAACAUUAAUAUUAA